AUGAGGAUAUCAUUACUAACUUUGGGCGUCACAGCCUUGCCCGGGGUGGUGGCAUGGGGCGGCUUUGGGCACAUCACCGUGGCAUACCUCGCCAGCAACUUUGUGUCGAAUGAGACAACAGCUUUCUUCCAAGGCCUCCUCCGCAACGACACCGAACACUACCUCGCUGGCGUUGCGACAUGGGCCGACUCGCUCCGUUACACCAGAUGGGGCCGGUUUACGGGCCCCUUCCACUUCAUCGACGCCAAGGACAGUCCGCCGACGUACUGCGGCAUCGACUACGAGCGCGACUGCAAGAAGGAGGGUUGCGUCGUGAGCGCGCUGCACAACUACACGACCCGACUGCUAGAUACGGAGCUGCACGUCUCGGAGCGCGCCAUGGCGGCCAAGUUUGUCGUGCACUUUGUUGGAGACAUUCACCAGCCGCUGCACACUGAGGACGUUGCGCGGGGUGGUAACGGCAUCCACGUGCUGUUUGAUGGCAGGAACUUCAACCUACACCACGUCUGGGAUACGAGCAUUCCGGAGAAACUGGUGGGCGGCAUCCACAGAAAGCCCUACGAGGCGGCCAAGCGCUGGGCCGAUGUGCUCACGACGGAGAUCAACGAGGGCAAAUUCCUCUCGGCCAAGGACGAAUGGCUGAAAGCCACGAACGUGUCGGACCCAAGGUCUACAGCCCUGUCCUGGGCAACCGAGAGCAACGCGGUCGUUUGCACGACUGUCCUACCUCAAGGCCCAGAUGCCAUUGUCGGCCAGGAACUGGGCUCAAAGUACUACGAAGCCGCGGCUCCCGUAGUGGAGGCGCAAAUCGCGAAGGCGGGUUACCGUUUGGCGGCCUGGAUGGACUUGAUCGUUUCGAGCUUGCGCAAUCAGCCAUCACCAGGAGAUCUGUAG